AUGAAUAGCUCCCGACGAAUCGCGUGCAAGCUGUGCAGAGACCGGAAAGUACGCUGCGAUGGCGAGCAGCCGUCGUGCCAACGAUGCCUGCGUGCAGGCGAGACCUGUGUCUACACGCCAACCAGCUGUCCCACCAAAGCUGACUUGCUCCAGACCAUCGAAAGCCUGAGAGCCCGAGUGGGCAAGUGUCCUUUUCAACUCAUCCGUUUCGACUCAGGACUGACCAGCCUUUCCUGUCUAGAUAUGACGGAAACCUCGUUGCUUCGACAACAUCAGAGGCUCAAGGGCAGCCCCCAUCUCACCCCUCCCAUGCCCGAAUCCGCCAUGAGCCUCGAAUACGCCAACUGUCUCCUCGAUCCGUGCCUCCCGUCGCCCCGAAGCAGUGGGGACCCGCUCUUAGGGCCAGACCCCACCGACUCGAGCUUCUUCCAUUCUUAUGUCCCUCAUAACCCGCGCCUUCAGCACGUAGGCCCGCAAUCUGACUCCCUGCCCUUCUCCGUGGACGCGCCUCUCCCUCCUCCUCCUCUUCCUCUUCCUUCACCUACCACAGCACCAACACGCAGUUCAACAUCUCACUCCCACAUCCCCCCACUGCGCGAGAUCCGCGCCCUGAAUUCCCCGCCCGGCUCCUCCUACUCGCCCCCAUUAAGUUCUUUCCCACAGACAGCCCCGGAGUACGACGACCCGCAUCACCAAGACCGGCAGCGCAUGCUAUCGAGCUUCACCGGCUUCGCGACCGCGGCGUUCUCCACGCAGGCGGAGAUCGCAGGAAUCGGCUCCGUGGUGGCGGAGUAUCUGGCGUGGGUGCGCAAGACCCCUGGUCGAAUUGGCCGGGGUGCUGCGGCGGACGCGAACUGGAUGGGGGUGCUUGAGACGUUAGAGAUGCGGGUGCGCGAGGUGCAUGAUAUGGCGGAGACAAGGAACUGGGCUGCCUGGGAGGGGAUGAUGAAUGAUGUGCCGCGUACGGAGGCGCUGGAGGGGGUGCUUCAUGCGUGCGAGGGACAGGUGCACGAGCGGACGGAGAAGAUUCGGAGGUUUUUUCAGGAGUGUUACGAUGUUAAUUCUGCAUUGUCCGAGCAAAUGAUUGAUCACAAGGCGGAACCUAGACCUCCGCAAUGGGCCUGGUUGGGCUACGGGCCCCACAUCCAGGGCCAAACCGAGCCAAGGGCCCAUUGA